AUGCAUCUACACAAUGACAUGCUGCUUCAUAACCUGCAACACCAUGCCACAACAAGACCGUACCCUGCGCGCAAGGCAACACCAACAACCAUCCAAAAUUCUGCACAAAACAACCAACAAAUACUUGCCAUUGAAAGUAACGUUACACAAAAACAAGACAAAUACAAGAGCUUGGUAAUUGUUUUAAGAAGAGGACAAACAAAGGGAAGAAAAAAACUAUCAGCAAGAAAACUGAGAAGCAAAAUCUCUAUCACCAGUCAUCAUGUAAAUCCUCUGCAAAACCAUAUCUCCCUCAAAUUCACAACCACGAUCCGCCGUGAAUCAUUCUCACUGUGGUAA